CAAAUAGGAAAACAUCCCGCAGAAACUUCCUCCCUCCUUGGACGGUUGGACCUCUCUCUCUAAGCUCUGCAACUCGACGAAGAAAUCUCUGCGAGUCCGCGUGCUCUGAUACUUACAGUUUUUUGCACCAUGAACAUCUUCAGUAAGAAACCCACCGCCAAAGAGGCUCUUCGGGAGAGCAAGAGAGAAAUGACUCAUGCUACUAGAGGGAUAGAGAAGGAAAUCGGAGCAUUGCAGUUAGAAGAAAAGAAGCUUGUCGCUGAGAUAAAGAGAACUGCUAAAACUGGAAAUGAGGGAGCAACUAAAAUACUAGCCAGGCAGCUAGUCAGGCUUAGGCAACAGAUAGCUAACUUACAAGGAAGUCGAGCUCAAGUGAGAGGAAUUGCAACUCAUACGCAGGCAAUGCAUGCUCAGUCCUCGGUUGCUGUUGGCAUGAAAGGUGCUAGUAAUGCAAUGGCAGCUGUGAAUAAGCAAAUGGCUCCUGCAAAGCAAGCAAAGGUGAUACGUGAGUUUCAGAAGCAAUCUGCGCAAAUGGAUAUGACUACUGAAAUGAUGUCCGACGCCAUAGAUGAUGCCGUGGAUAAUGAUGAUGCGGAAGAGGAAACUGAUGAGCUGACAAACCAGGUGCUCGAUGAAAUUGGCGUUGAUGUCGCCUCACAGCUAUCAGCAGCUCCCAGAGGAAAAAUUGCAUCAAAGAACGCUGCGGGUGUUAGCAGUUCCAGCGUUGAUCUCGAGAAAAGAUUGGCAGCUCUUAGAAAUCCAUGAGCCGAAGAUUGGAAAGCAGAAAUCUCCUAUUUUUUUCUCGCUGGAGUCCAAUAUUGGCUUCCUUCAAGGAUGCACAUUGUUAAUAUUUUGUAAAGGAUGUUCUCAUUAGCGAUUAUCCGCUCCCGUGCCACUGCAUACAGAGAAGCUAAGGUUACACAAUGACUUUGAAAGAGGGACGAUGCCAAUGUAUGAAUUGGUUCGUCUAUCAUGAAUGGAAGAGUUUCUCUUCCAUAUAUUUUUAAGUUUACAGGACUAGACGGUUUCGAUAAC